AUGGUGGCCGCAGCGUGGGAAACCGAGGCGCAAAAGUGCAGAGAGAUCCUCACAAAAUCUAUCCCUGCCGGGUACGCUCUCGCCGACGAUCGACUACCCUCGCCGGAGGAGAGGUCGAAUGUGACCACGUUCAUCGCGGACUGUGGCGCUCUCUCUCCCAAAGAGCUCGCCAUCACGGAGAAUGGAGCGGGCGAACUGACGGCGGCGAUGGCGACGGGCAAGUACACCGCCGAAGAGGUGACAGUCGCUUUUCUCAAACGGGCAGUAAUUGGUCAUCAGCUGGUCAACUUCGCAACCGAGUUUCUAGCGACUGAAGCCAUCGAGAGAGCCAGGGAACUCGACAAAUAUUUUCGGGACACAGGCAAGCUCGUGGGUCCGUUGCACGGUGUGCCCAUCUCUGUCAAGGAACACAUUGGGCUCGAAGGUCGUAUUUGUCACAGUUCAUAUACGGCGUGGGUGAAGAAUGUCGUCGCCGAAGAUGCGCUGAUCGUCGCUCUGAUGAAGAAGGCCGGUGCCGUCAUCCUCUUCCGAACAAACCAGCCCCAGACAUUAAUGCACGGAGACACCAACAACAAUAUCUAUGGUAAGACAGUCAAUCCAUCCAACCGCCUCAUGAGCAGUGGUGGAUCAUCCGGAGGCGAGGGAGCCGCCAUCAAGCUGCGAUGCGCUGCCAUUGGGACGGGCACCGACAUCGCCGGUUCAAUCAGGAUCCCAUCGGCACUCUGUGGCGUCUAUGGCUUUCGUCCCACGUCUUGUCGAUUGCCUUACAAGGGCAUCAUGCUUGCUGGGGGCGGUCAGGAGUCUGUUCGCUGUGUGGUCGGCCCAUUGGCCAACAAUAUCGAUGAUUUGGAACUGAUGAUGAGGACGGUCCUGGAUCAAAGUCCGUGGGAGGUCGAGACAAGCCUCGUGCCGCUGCCGUGGAGCCCUGUAAAGGCAUUUACACCACAGACCCUCACUGUCGGGGUCAUGGUUGACGAUGGGAUUGUGAGACCCAGCCCUCCGUUGCGGCGGGCAAUGGAAAUGGCUCAAGCAAAGCUCAAGGCUGCUGGAGUCAAACUGGUGCCGUGGAUCGGGCACAGACACGACGAGUUGCGGCCGCUGCUGUACGAGCUAUGUUUUUCCGAUAAUGCGGCCGUACAGAAAGGUCUUCUGGCAGAAACACAAGAGCCCUGGUUGAAGCUGACCAAACGGGCCAUGGGACUAGGACGCGAGAUGGAUAUCCACGAGAUUUGGCGGCUACACGAGCUGCGUAACACCAUCCGAGAGGAAUAUCAUGCAAAGAUGAAGCAGCUGGGUAUUGAUGUCAUUCUCUCGCCUGCCGUCAACCAGGUCGCCGUCUUGACCGAGGACUUCACCUACGGCUUCUACACGGGGGUGUACAACAUUCUCGAUUUUCCCGCCGCAGUCUUUCCAACCAAAUUGGUGUCAGAUGCAAACUUGGACGUCGAGGAUGCUAACGCACAACCCCGAAAUGACUUUGAGGAUCGUGAACUCGCGAAAUGUAUGUCUCUUGAAGGGGUCGUCGAGGGCGAGGAUCUGGUUAAGUCGUCAGCUAACGUCAGUUUUUAG